GCCAACAGCCUUAAGAUGAAGGACCCUAUCAGCACCUGCUCAUAUAACCAACUCUAUCAAAAUGUGAAACGAUUUUCAAAAAGCGGGGAGUUCUUCUGCAAAGAACUAAUGACCGUUUUUCAGCAAAGGGCUGAGCUGGAACUCACUUAUGCCAAAGGUUUACAAAAACUUGGUGGAAAACUCAUCAGAGCCUCCAAAGGAAUGACAAACAAUUCCACCUACAGUGCCUGGUGUCAUGUGUCAGAUGAGAUGUACUCCAGAGCAGAUGCCCACAGGUCAUUAGGAAAUGCAUUUCAGCAAGAAGCAAUUCUGGAAAUACGACAAGUCUUGGACGAGCAUAAUAAGAGGAAGAGGCCUCUCGACAGCGCCAUUGAAAGAACUGGAAAACUUGUUACUGCUAAUUGGGGUGAGCAACUCAAGAUAAAGAAGAAAUUGCUUGGACUAACAAGAGAGCAUGAGGCUCUGUUCAACUUUGUUGAGAACAACAAACAAAUUUGCACAGAAAAAGAAAAACAAAAGAUGCUGAACAGGCUCACUAAAUCGGCAGAGAUGCAGACGCGGGUGGAUGAGGAGUACUUUAGUAUCAACAUGGAUGGUCAUCAGAUGAGACUCAAGUGGGAAAACACACUGAAAAACUGCUACCAGAUCAUACAGGAGCUGGAGAAACAGCGAAUAGAAGUUCUAUGCAACAUUUUGAAUAGAUACAACCUCCACAUGUCCAGCUUUGGGAAGACCCUCAAACAUGGACAAAGACAGAUAGAACAGACAGUCCAAAGGGUGGACAUGGAUAAAGACAUACAAAGCCUGGUGGAGGAAAACAGCAUCACAGCUGAAGAUCACAAAACAGAGUUUUUGGUGGCUGAUUAUUUUGAGGAGGACAGCAAGUCCCUGAUGGCCAAAGACCGAAGAAAAGAGGCCAUCAGACUCAAACUCCAGCGUCUGGAGGACGGUAUUACAAAGACAAAGAAAGACCGUGAAGGAAUUGAAAAACUGAUGAGAACGUAUUCUGCAAAUCCAUCUUUUUCAAAUCAAAAGAACCUUGAGGAGACCGAACUGCAGAUUGAUGAGAGUACUCUAAAACUGGAUCUGCUCGAGGCCACUCGCUACAAACUCUCUGUAUCACUGUGUGAGUUAGAGGGGAAAGCCAAUUCCUUUCACCGAUUUAGUGACAGCAUUGUGAAAUGGAAAGAUAAGGACUGUGAGCACAGUGUUGUUCAACUGACUCGUCCAGUAAAACUCAGGAGGACCCCAUUCAGAUCCCGACAAUCAUUGAGAGCUUCCAUCAUUUACAAAGGGCCUGCUCAGUUUGUGACACAGCAGUCCGUGGAGGCUUUACAGAGUGCCACCGACCAGGUCACUUCCAUAGGACAUGAAGCUGCAGCUGUAGAGUGUGACGGCACCGUUAAUGGAGCCCUGUCUCAUACUGACGAUGACAAAGAACAAGGUGGAAUAACACCGGAGCUGUGCAGUAUAGGAAUAUGCAAGGCCCUGUACAAUUUCACACCUGAACAGGAUGAUGAAUUGACUUUGAAAGAAGGAGAUCUUCUAGACAUUUACAGAAAGGAAGAGACUGGGUGGUGGUUUGGCAAACUUGAUGGGAAGACAGGACAUUUCCCAUCCACCUAUGUCGAGGAGCUGCCUGUGUUAAGCAGCGUCAAAUCAUCUGAUGCCUGACUCGCCAACAACAAAAAUACAAACCUCACCCUGAAUCAAAGACAUUCACUUCUGCCGUGCCGAACUUUUAAUGACAUCAACUGGAAGCCUAUUACUAAGUAAAACUACACAUUCUAUGAUAUUCAUUGCACAGCUAUUAAAAUGGCUAAUAAAAGCAAAAGCAUUCACUUUAAUAAUAAUAAUACAGAUUUCUGUGCCGACAGUCAGGAUCUAUGCUUUUUGUCACUGCUCUCCGUGAAGUUAUUAAUGCUGUGAAGAUUCACUCUGUUAAUCUUUAUACCUAAAUUAUUUUCCUCAUUAUUUAUGCCACAUUAUGUUCAGAUGAACUCAACUAUAGUGAGUUUAAUACAUAUUUUAAUACAUAAGUGAAAAUUGAGCACAGAAAAAUAAAAUGGUCUACUUUUCCCCAUCCACUUUAAACUAAUUAAUGACAUGAGAAAAUAAAUGAAAUCUACCUCAUAUGCAAAUUACAAAUGACUUAAAUGUUCUUUACUUCUGAAGAACAUCUACAGUACACUGGUGAAUAUUUCAGGAUUUAGAGAAACAUUUACCCCAGGACAUCUGUUCUCUCAAGGCCAACCUCCAGGGUUUGAAACUAUGCCAAAUACGCAGUAUACACUAAACUGUAACACGACCAUGCUCAAUAAUGAAACAGGACCAGUGUUCAAAUUAAGUCCAGUAUUAAGUAGUCCAGAUCUGUUCAUAUAACUUUUUAUUUAUUACCCACAGAAAUGUAUAUAAAUGCAUUAGUCUUGACAAGGCAGUUGAUGUUUUGUUUACAGAUCUGUACUGUAGAUACAGACUUUGCUCCUUGCUUAAUAUUAGUCCCCAUUGCAGCAAGACCUUCUCUAUCUCCUCCUCCGAUCCUUCCACUCUUAGCAGCGUGCCCGAGAGAUGAACUCCUUCCUGACGUUUGCCAGGAAUGCUGGUAAGUUAUUGGUCUCCUGAAGCCGGCUUUC